AUGAGAGAAGCCAUCAAUUUUAUUGCUGAAGCUUGGGAGGAUAUUAGUGACACUACUAUAAAGAACUGCUGGAGAACUACUAGAAUUAUGCCUGAAAUAGAUGAAUUAGAAAUGAGUGAACAAGAAGAAAGUGAGUCAGAAAAUGAGAUUGACGAUACUGCGGCAUUAAUUAAUGAUUUUUCUAAUCCAGAGGCUCAACAAUUAGUACAUAAUAUUGAAGAAUAUGCCUACAUAAUUGAUCAACCAGCUAGAACGGAGGAUGUAUUAACAGACAAUAUUAUUAUCAAAAUGGCUAUUAAUGAAUUUCGCGAUGAUGAUAAAACUGAUGAUGAUGAGGGAUCACCACCACCUCCAAUAACUGUUACAGAGGCUGUUGAAGCAUUGGAAAAAGUUAUAAGCUACCAAGAAAGUCUUGAAGUUGGAAAGGGAUUUGAUGAGAAUGGAUUAAAAAUGUUGCGAAAAAGGCUUAAAGAAUGGCAUUAUGAAAGGGAAAAAAAUAAAAAACAAUCUUCACUUAUAUCUUUUUUUAGUUGUAUUAAUGAACCUGAUAUCAGCAUCACACUCUAG